GGUGGGCGGUGGUCAUGCGCCGUUCGCCAGUCGAGGUCUCCGUGUGGUGGUGCGAGGGCGUGCAGUGCACGAGCAGGGUGUGAGGUGUGCUUUUACCAGGUGUGUUCAGGAUUUUGCGACGAUACUGCUAAGGAUUGAUACACGUGGCCAUGUGGAGCAAAAAACAGACCUGGUGACGCCCGGUUGCCAUGACAACACACCGCUGGCGGCGCGGCCGGCCGGCAUUUUUACCUCUCCACCGUCCGUGCAUCACGGUCGCCAUGAGAUGAGGCCCUGGAGGAGACUGCGGCGGCAGCGGACCACCCUGCUGUCGCCGCUGCUGUCGCCGCUGCUGUCGUUACUGCUGUCGUUACUGCUAGUCACUGGCUGUGCCGGACUCCCGCAGCAGAUCGACAGGAAUGGAGAUCUGGCAGCAGCAAAUGCGGCACUGUCGGCGCGGCUGCUACAAACAGCUGGCGGCGGUCACAAGCGUCACGUGACUCGGCCUCAGGUUCGGCCACCACCACCACAGCUGCCACCUGGCGGUGACCCAGCAGCCGCGCUCAAGGUCAUCCGACGCCGCAAGGUGUUGGCACCGCGCGCGCAACGUCGUGAUGACGUCACGAGUAGUGAUGACGUCACAGAGCGGACAUUUCGUGAGUCUCUGCGGCCCCCGUUUCUGGCACUGCUGAACGAGACUCACUUCAGCCUACAGCCGGAGUUUGUGCUUGCACACGCGUCCGAGCACAAAGUGGAACCGUUCCGCGGGUUUGGUGAAAAGCUCGAUACGCCCGGUGUUGCGGGCCGUCCGAGAGACUUUCGUGCAGUGCCGCGGUCGGACGGCAGUGGUGCCCAGAGAGCGAACUCCACCGCAGAGGAGGGGCUAGUGAGUGAGCCCAGCGAGAGGCAUGGGAAAGUGAUAGUGAGGCGGAAAAAGGUGCGAGUGGUUAACGCGAAAGACAGUGCUGAUGAAAAUGAUGAGGAAGUGCAAACGGGAGAUAAAUCGGGUGAAAAGAAGACACCAGAGGAAGCUUCGACUUCAAAUGUGUCCCAAAGUGAUGAGAAAGGCUUACAAAAUUCCGCAGCGAAAUCGAUCAAACCAGAAACAACUACAGAAAAAUCUACUGCCGGUGCUCCUCCGGUAUCUGACGAAAAGUCAGACGACAUCGGCAUCGUUCCUCGAAGAAUAGCAUCUAAGCGAAGGCCGGGACGGCUGCUGGUACCUCUUUCAAAGACAACAAACCCACCAACUCCAGAUGAGCCAACAGCUGGCCGCAAAGAGAAGCCUGAACCAGCGGUAACCAGCACUAGGAAAGACUCCAGUAGCACUACUGAGAGAACAACUAGUGCACCUGAUAACGAAGUCCCUUCACCCAACGUUCGUCGAAGGCCCCCGGGUAUUACUCGCAGCACAACUACACCUCGUACGUCCACAACUACAUCUCCUUCAACCACGUCUUCCACUACCCCGUCCAUCACAAAGUCUCCCGCCCGACGCAGACUGUCUGAAGCUGCCCUACGUCGUCGUGAGAGGUUCCGUAACCGAGCGUCACGCCUCAGACCGAACGGCACAACCACAGCUGUGUCCACCACUGAAGCCACGCCGGUAAACAAAGAGAAAAAGGAGGUGGAGAAGGUGUUGGGCCUUCUGGCGAGGAUCAGAAACAGGUCCCGCGCUCGGCUCUCCUUCCUACCAAAGCGAAGAGGUGAAAAGGAUAAAGAACCGACGGUGACAUCGACAGCCGCUACUCCAAGCAGUGCUCCUACCUCAGAGCCGAGAUCAACAAGCACUACAUCUACAACAACCACAGAAGCGGCAACUACUACUACGCCCACUUCAGCAACAACCACUACGACACCUUCAACGACAACAACAGCAAAAACGACCACGACCACCGAAACAACAACAACGACCUCAGAAGCAACAUCAACAUCAACAUCAACAACACCAACGACGACGACACUGAGAACAACAACGAGGCCUACCACGACGGAACAGACCACUCAAUCAACAACAACCACUACGUCCUCGCCUUCCUCUUCGGCAACUACAGAAACUAACUCCAAGUCAUCUUCCGAACGCACAACCUUGCCUUCCUCAAAUAUCAGUAGCGCGUCUCAGAUUACAACUCCUUCCACAUUACCUGUACAGGAAGAAACUGACUAUUCUUCUCCUGCGGUACCGGCGAACCCUCUUUCCACGAAGCGUCGCCAACGACCCGACACCCUUCGCCACACGCCGUCAACUCCAAACACCGAUCAGUCAAAUCUCCUAGCACGUCGGCUGGAGGAACGCCGCCACACGUUCUCUUUGAGGAGCGGCCCAAAGGCCGGUCAGAGACACGUUCUUCCUCCAACCAUUCCCCCAUUCCCGCUGUUGCUGUCGACUAUCAAAUCUGCACAGCAGCGAGGUCUUCUGGGUAGGAACGUCACCAUUUCGGUAACCUUUCCUAGAGGUACGCUGGGACUUCCGAGAGGCAGACCAGUGCUUCCCGGACCAAGAACAAGUUCAGCUCCACCAAGCCUGGCUGCAUCAGAGGCAAGCUCUAAAGAAUUGCCAACUGUCACUCCAGCCCAAAUUCCAGUCUCGAAGAUCGAGUCAGAAAAUCAAGAGCCAAAGGAAGAUGAACAUCAAGUCUCCAAACUGGACGAGCAGAGCAAUGAUAGCCACCCGGACGAGACCAGCAGUCAGACAGGAAAUGCCACCGAUAUUCAGCGGACUGUGCUAGGAACAUCACUGGAGACUUCAGUGUCCAUUGCCGUCUCUCCGUUGGAGUUCAAAUUGAGGAAACGCGUGAAGUUGCCGACAGAGGCUGAGGAAGAAGCGACAGUGACGGAAUAUAGUCCACCUGACACUAGCCAACGAACAAGGAGACCGUUGAAUGCAGUCAUUUCCAGCCAAGCUCCACUAGAGGUAGACGAAGCGAAGCAAAAAGAGGACCAGCGUGGCACAUACUCUAUAUUGAUUGACAACAGAAGUAGUUCGACCGGUUCAGUGCCAGUGAGUAGUCAGAGACCACCAGUUCUAGAGAGCAGUGUAAUAAGAACAACCGAAGCCCCGAUUCUGGCACAUGAAGAAACCGAAUCGUCACAAACUAGAGGUGAUGAACAGGCCAGUAUUCAAGAUCUGCCAUCAUCAGCCAACGUUGACAACAAAGACGAGGUACCAAAUGUGGAUGAGAGUGUCAUCGUGAAACAACAAGUACCAAAGGCGGACAACAGUGCAAAAACAGAGAGCGAUGCAUUAAGCGUGCGCUUUGGCUUGAAGCCGGGAAGGAGACCGGAUUCACCAUCUUCAACCAUUGCCAACCCGAGCACAAACAAGUUCUCUGACUCACACGGUCACAGCUACCACAGCCAUAAAGACCAUUCGUACGUGCAGGGAUUCUCUCCCAACUCUGAACUCAAAGAGCACAAACGUGAUUCGCAAAACUCCGAAGACAGAGAGUCAUUCAUCCCAAAGUCAUCUAAUGAGGGUUACGGCUACAUUAGCGAUGAUGAUUUGGAACUGGAUACGGGCUUCCCCUACUAUGAGCCUGAUGACCUGGCAGCUUCUGCCUCCACAACCAUGGCAACUUUUCUCCGCCCUUCAGAGACUGAGAUGGAGCGUAUCCUAGCAGAUGAAAAUUCUGACCUGCCUCCGACACCUCCGUCAGGUCCUGUCGUACAUUACGCGGACCACCAUCAACCAGUCGGGCAGUCUCCCUCGUCCGAAGCCUCUGCAACACCUGCUUCACCACCUUCAGUAGAGUACUCAACAUCUCCUUCGACAUCAUCUCCUACACGAUCUUCCUCAACCACGCCGCGUCAGGCCCGUGUUUUGGAGAUUGAUAGAAAACCCCAAGUGGUUUCUCCAGGGUCUGAGGACGUUGAAGAGCCUGGAGGACCCAUCUAUCUGGUCUCGCUGCUCUUUGUCGUCCCCGUGGUUGCCGUGCUGGUGUGGUAUCUGAAGAAGAACCAUCCCGACGUGCAAAACCUGCUGCCGGAGCGUCUGAAGGCAAUGAUGGCCCAGGAAACGUCGGACAACGCUCAGGAAAACUUCUACCCUGUCGAAGUGGACGAAGUUGUCGGCAAACCUUCCACAUCUCACUCUCACGACACUCUGGCCCGGCGGCGGCGCUGGGAGCACCCCCGGGAGACGCUCCGACUGCAGAGCGUGCUCGGAGAGGGACACUUUGGUCAGGUGUGGAGAGCCGAGGUGGAUAACAUCGGAGGUCACCAGGGCACCCUACUCGUCGCUGUGAAAAAUGCCAAGGAGAGCGCGACCGCCAAGGAGCAUCAGGACCUGCUGAGGGAGCUGAGGAUCAUGCAGGAUCUGGGCAGUCACCCCAACGUGGUCACUCUACUUGGAUGCUGCACCACCGAAGAGCCGGUGCUAGUGAUUAUGGAGUACAUGGUGUUCGGCAAGCUGCUCACCUACCUGCGUGAGAACCGCGGCCGGCACAACUACUACAACUUCUCACACGACUCUGCCGUGCUUACCUCACCGGAUCUCACCCUGUUCGCGUGCCAGGUGGCCGCCGGGAUGGAGUACAUCGCCGGAAAAGGGAUCGUGCACCGCGACCUGGCGGCCCGUAACAUUCUGGUAGAUCACACCAAAGUCUGUAAGGUCUCAGACUUUGGGAUGUCGCGCAGUGUCAAAGAGAUCAGCGCGGAGGUGUUUGAACAGAAACACCGGGGUGCUCUGCCGAUUCGCUGGAUGUCUCCCGAGUCCCUGUACCAUAACACAUUCAAUCAGCAGACCGACUGCUGGAGUUUCGGCAUACUGCUCUGGGAAAUCAUCACACUCGGUUCCACGCCCUACCCUGGUCUCUCGGCCCGCGAAGUGAUGCGCUCGGUCCGCGAGGGGUACCGGCUGGAGCGUCCCGAUCACUGUCAUCCGCAGCUGUACCAGCUGGCCAGCAGCUGCUGGGCAGCUGAGCCCAGCUGGCGACCCACCUUCACCGAACUGAGAAACGAACUCGAGACGCUGCUGGAGGAUCAGAACCAGGGUUACGUUGACCUCGACCGGUUCCAAGAGGAAAUCUACAGCACGCUCCACAAGUCCAGUGACGAAAAAGUGUGACGUCAUCGAGAGGUCAUUCAUUGAAGUGUGAUGUCAUUGCGGCGACAAAAGUUCGUCAUUGUUUGUGCGUGUGGUGGAUCAAGUAUGUGCUUGCGGUAAACUUGGUGUCACAAAGCAUGCACCGAAGAACGCUGUGUAGAAACUGUGUGACGUCAACGCUAUCAAAGUGACGUCAUUUGUGUCAGUGAGUCACCUAUCCGUGGCGUUUAUGACGUCAUUCUAGCGUUCCUCGGCAGGUCGUACGCUGCCAGUUCUGAUCCAAAGAGGGGUGCGGGAUUAAACCGGGACCAAUGGACACGAGUUGCAGGUUCUACUCGCUCGAAGCGUUUGUGUGAUCGUCACAAGGGUCGCGUCGUGCUCGAACGAAUGGUUUUUCUGGUCCCUUCGGGUGAGCAUUGACCCCGAUCACGUGACCUGAGCAGAAGAACUCUGUUCUCUGGGGUGACAUCGGGUCAAUCGUCUUGAGUCUCAGUAUGUCAACGAUCAAAUGCUUUUUCGUUAGCGCCGUAAAGCGACAUGUCUUGCCCAAAUUUCAGAAUCUCACCAGGUUCGAAGUAUACACUGUGUACUAAGUGAUGAAUGUAUUGAUAGUGAAGGCAUGCGUGUUUGCGAACGGCAUAUAGCCCGGUGAGCUGUAAGAGGUAGUAGUGCAUAAGUUAUUAAUUUGUCUGCAAGUGAGUGGGCUGCUUCAAGUGUUUGUCACUGAAGCUGUUGUCAGUAUUGGCGCGAUCUUGCGACAUAUUCGCUGGAUCGCUAGUGUUUGUUGACAUAAAUAAUAUGUAAUGUCAACAUGUGUCUUACUUUGUAAAAUGUGUCAAUCGAGUGUCGUGGAUUAUUGUUAAAUGAAGUUGUAACAAAAU